GCGGAUCCGCCAUUUCAUUUUUUGAAGUUAAUUGUGACAAGUAACAAGAUUUGAUUCAAAAUUGUAUUGUUUUACAACUGGGUUGGGUGAGUUAUCAUUUAAAUCUGGCGAUCAGACACGUUUUGUACGAGGACCAGCUUGUGGAUUUUAAAUUGAUGGGCAUAUGCAAGUUGCGGAUGUCGCCUAUUUUCCAAACGUGUUCUAAGCGCUAAAGUUUUUGUAUGAGUUGAAUGCUGGUUGUGGAUAAGUGGAGGCAAAGGGAAGGCCCGUGAAGCCUCGGCUUUGGAGUGGGAGUCAUGGCCGGAAAUUUUGACGCAGAGGACCGUGCAAGUUGGUACUGGGGAAGAUUAGGUAGACAGGAGGCAGUUUCACUUUUACAAGGACAGAGACAUGGAGUGUUUUUGGUGAGAGACUCUAUCACAAGUCCAGGCGACUACGUGCUGUCCGUUUCAGAGAAUUCCAAAGUCUCGCAUUACAUAAUCAACAGCAUCAGCAACAACCGGCAGUCUGGCUCAGGCCUGGCGCCACCACGGUUCCGCAUAGGGGACCAGGAGUUUGACGCCCUCCAUUCCCUGCUGGAGUUCUACAAGAUCCACUACUUGGACACCACCACUCUGAUAGAGCCGGUCAACAAGGCCAAAAAAUCUUCCUUCGUCAAUGCAGGUGCUGGAGGCCUGCCGCAGCGGCUAGAAGACGAGUUUGUCCGUGCCCUCUUCGAUUUCCCAGGCAACGACGAUGAGGACCUGCCUUUCAGAAAGGGUGACAUCCUGCAGGUUCUGGAGAAGCCUGAGGAGCAGUGGUGGAACGCCAAGAAUUUAGAGGGGCGUCCCGGGAUGAUCCCUGUGCCCUACGUGGAGAAGUACCGACCGGCCUCUCCCACCUCGGGGGGCCCUGGAGCAGGGGGUCCCAGUGGGGUGGGCUCGGUAGACAGCUCCAGUGUUCAGGGCCCUCCUCUGCUAGACCCGAGCCAGUACGCCCAGCCCACAUCUCUUCCCAACCUGCAGAACGGACCCGUCUUUGCCAGGGCCAUCCAGAAGAGGGUGCCCAACGCCUACGACAAGACCGCCCUUGCCUUAGAGGUGGGCGACAUGGUGAAGGUGACAAAGAUCAACGUGAACGGCCAGUGGGAGGGCGAGUGCAAGGGCAAGCGCGGCCACUUCCCCUUCACCCACGUUAAGCUGCUGGACCAUAACAACCCUGAGGACGAUGCGAGCUGAGAGUGGACACUGGGCUCCUUGGGCUCCUCCCAUCCCUUACUCUGCCCUUAGACACACACACUCACUCCCUCCACUGCCACCAUCGCCCCUGUGCCAAUCAGCAGCCUCCUCAUGGCCACACUCAGACACACACACACACCACUUCCUCUUCCUCAGUUGGUCCCGUUAGAUAAUCAUUACGCUGUGUCAUCUUCACUCACACUACCAGUAUUUAUACCACUUCAGCACCAUGGUCAGCUCUAUCAAAACACACACGCACCCACACACAUUCCCCUUCUAAAUAAGAAAGACUCAAGCCUUGUCUGGGAUGAGGACAGUGGGGAGUGUGUGGACAGCCAUUCAGAGAGAGGGAAAGAAAGAUAGAAACGCUAUCUUGGACUGGAAUGGUAAACACAGAGACCCAUGGAGAAACACUCUGGUUGUCGAGGAGAGCCGUUAGGAUAACACUACAUUGUACACAAAACUAUCAUCCUCACUACAAAUCCACGACCAAGUAACUAGUAGUCUUUUGUAAGAACAAAAUAACAUAUUGUUAUGAAAUUGUUGAUAACCAUUACAUGCUGAAAUUGUUUCUUUUCUGCCUUGUAUUUCUGCAUCGUUUUUCCGAGAAGUAACAUUGCCAGUCCACCACUAUUGCAGAGAUCUCAACAAAUGUGUAGGCUAUGUUGUGUGCUUAUGGUAUUGUCAGGCGCUAACCCUCUCUCUUAUUUUUUUGUGUUUGUCUUUGACAAACCUUUGUCUGCUCCGCUCCUACUCUGAAUCACUGAAACAUUUUUUAUUUUUACAAACGGCUGUUAACUUUUCACCUUGUUCUAAACAGUGGAGAUGCCUUUUGUGUAUGAUCAGCCAGGGUCGCGCAAAUGUUCUGCCAUACCAUAGCCAAGGAUAGACUGUUAAAAUGACAUUUUCAUAUGACAUAAGCUCAAUGUUCAUAUGAAUUGGCUUUCUCCUUGCAAGCUGUCAGAUAUAAAACAGAUUACGGUAGUACCUA